AUGGUGGACCUGCGGCCUGUCGCGGACGCUGCGCCGCCCUCGCCGCCGCUGACGCCGCCCUCCAGCGCGUUCGCAGGCGACGAAGACGAGGACGAGGCCGAGUGCCGCGUGUGCCGCGGCGAGGCCGAGCCGGGCCGCCGCCUGUUCGCGCCCUGCAAGUGCAGCGGCAGCAUCCGCUUCACGCACUCGGACUGCCUGGAGCAGUGGCUGGAGCACUCGGGCAAGAGCUUCUGCGAGCUGUGCGGCCACGAGUUCACGUUCACGCCGCUGUACGACGCCAACGCGCCCGACGUGCUGCCCUGGACGGAGCUGCUGACCACGGGGCUGCGCGUGGUGCUGCUCAAGUGGCUGCCCUUCGCACUGCGCGCCGCGCUCGUGCUCGUGCUGUGGCUGGCCGUCGCUCCGUGGUGCACGAGCUGGCUCUACCGCAUGUGGCUGCUGCGCGCGUCCGCCAUGGUGAACGUCAACUUCUCGGAGCGCUUCGACGCGCCGCGCAUUGUGGCCGACAUCUUCUCGGGCGUGAUCUUGAUCGUGUGCAUCGUCUUCUCCUUCCUGGCGCUCAUGUCCUUCGCGGACUUCCUGCGCUUUCACCUGGACCACAUCGAGGAGGAGAUGGCGGCGGAAGAGGUGCCUCACCACCACCACCACCACCACCACCACCACCACAAUCACAACCACCACCGUCAUGACGCGGCGCACCAGCCCAUGCGCCGCGCGCAGUUCGGAGAGGGGAACCACGCGGACGACGCGGCGAAUCUGGACGACCACGACGCGGAGCCGAGACUGCGCCCAAUGUUCGACGGCCCCAGGAGACUGGGCAACUUGGACGAGAACGCGGACUCGGACGACGACUCGUCGGACGAGGAGUGGGUCGACCAGCCGAACCAUGACGAGCCUUUCGCGGACGCCUUCAUCCAGCACCAAGAGUUCGGAGUUCCACUUGUUGAAGAUGCGGAUCCUGUUCCAGAGCCGCAACACGAGCUUCGUCAGCGACGCCCACUGCGAGACGCACCGGAAGUGGGAGAGGGGCGUGGUCGGAAUGCUGCUGGAGCUGCACCGAGGGCUGCGCGGAAUCCGCCGCCGAAUAUGAACCAGCGCGAGUGGGAAGAUGAUUUCGAGCACAUGGAGAUUAAUAUCGCGAUGGAUGAGCUGCUGGGACUGCGUGGAGACUUUAUGGUGCUGUUCCGCAACGUGUCGUGGCUGCUGGCGUUCAACGGGGCCUACCUUGGCUUGUUCGCGUUCAUCCCGUACACACUCGGCAGCACGUUGCUGUCCGCAGGAGCCAGAAUUGUUGCAUCCCUGCCGGUUGCCUCUUCGGCGUUCGCUUCGUUGGGUGCAGUCGAGUUCUCAGCGGACCAAGAACUCUCACUCGGGGCCUUUUUCGUGAAGACGUUGUUGCAGUCAGUCGAAACGGCAAAGCAAAAUGGCGACUGCUUGCAGCUUGUCGAUCUUUGCACGUGCACAAUGGGCUACUUGUCGAUCUGUUUGACGAUCGUGCUCUGGAGGUUUAUGGUGAGGACUGCGUCUUCGUAUAUCCACCGACCUCUAAUGGACGGUCUGCUCUGGGCCUUGCGCUGCCUGACGGCGAUUGUGAAGGUGUCGACGCUGCUGUUGCUGAAGAUGGUGAUCUUACCCAUUAUUUUGGGACUAUGCAUCGACUUCGCCUCGCUCCACUUGUUCAUGGUGACCGCGCAGGACCGCAUCGCGUUCUGCAUGGGAAACAUGAUCUGUGCUCUGAUGGUGCACUGGGUUCUGGGCAUCACGUUCAUGCUUUUCGUGACAGUUUCUGUCCUGCAAAUGCGAGAAGUUGCCCACCCGGAUAUCCUAGCCAAGGUGAUUCGCCCGCAAGAAGACCACCCGGACCUACUGCGCACGCUGCUGAGUGAGAGGUGCCUGAAGCACGCUCGUCGUAUGAUUCUGUCACUUGCGAUUUAUGCGGGGCUGCUGCUGGUGCUGGUCCACGCGCCUGUGCGCAUAGCAACCGCGGUAGCUCCGUCGUUUUUCCCGCUCAGUCUGCGCUUCCAGCACUUCAGCCCGGAAAUCCAAGUACCGUUGGAGCUACUCGUGGUCCACCUCGUGGUGCUUAGCGUCUUGGAGCACGCGAAGAACGAUAUUGGGAAGUUUCAACACCUCGCCAUUGUGUUUGCGAGUGAGCGAUUGGGUUUGACGGAGUUCCUUCUACCUCAAACUGAGCUUGAGGUCGUUGUGAACGGCCAGCGGAAGUCCAAUGUCGUGGUGCUGCCGCCGCCACCUCUUCACUUCCACCCUCGUGCCCAACUUCCGCCCGAGGAGCUACGUGUGGAUGGCCAUCGUUAUUUGCCGUGGCCUGAGGAGGGAUUGGACGAUCCCAUGCCUGUUGAGUACCCGUUACUCCCCAGGGAGAGACCGUCUCAUCUUCCGGUACGACUCACUGGACUAGCGGUGUUUACCUGGGCAGUCUGCAUUGUGGUGAUCGGGACGUUCUUGUUCGGGUCGCUGUUCAUCGGUCGUAUUUGCAUGGCUCCGCUUGAGCGUGUGUCGGGUAUCAGCCACGACCCGCUCGUGAUGGCCGCCGGCGUUCAAAUCGUUUGGUACUUUGUGAACGGUGUUCACGCUCUGAACAUUCUGAUGCUUCCGGAAGACCGAGUGGACCCGACCCUGGUGCAGCGUGGAUACUCGGUCCGUAACAUGACGCCAGCGAACGCGGUGACCUGCGCCGUGGGGUGGGCAUUCGUGUGCCCGUUCCUGCUGGGGCAGGUGAUGUCAUCCUGCGUCGCGAGCGCGAAUGCCUCUUCGUUGGAAAGCUUCCUGAUGGGCUACUUGAUGUUCAAUCUGUUUGCGUGGCUGGUGUGCUGCUUCCGAGCGAAGCGCAACAACAGACGCCGCAAUCAGCGACAAGCAGCUCUCGAAGAGCUGGAAGCUGAUGAGGAUGGAUUCCUGGAUGUGGAGGACGACGACGAACUUUUCGAGGAUGACCUGAAUGAUGACGAGCUGGAGGAGGAGGAAGAGGAGCGACUGCUGCAGGAGGGAGUUGCUGCUGCCGCUGCCGGCGCGGAGCCGGUUGGCUUCAUUGCAUGUUUCCGCAAGGCGUAUCGCCAACUCCAAUUCAACGUGACUGUACACGAGAACGAGGCUAUUCGGCUGCGUCGGGACAAUAUUCGCGAGAAGUGUUUCGACGUGGAUUUCUUCCAGGAGAACGUGCUGCACCCCAUCGUGGCGUUCCUGCUGGGAAUGCUGGUGGUGCCGUGGCUGUUAUCCUCGGUGGUCUUGGUGGUCUUUUCGUCAGAGAAGGCCAACUUUGAGAAGACUGCGUUCGCGAUGUGCGCGUUCUGGGUCGGCACGGUCUUCGUGCUGGUGCGCUCGCACUCGCACGUGAGUCGGUGGCUCUCGAAUCUCAGCGAGUCGAUCCGCAACGAGCGCUAUUUGAUCGGCCGGCAGCUGCAAGACAUGGCGCGGUAAGGAAGAAGACCAAGUCGACUUCAAGCAUCAAGAGAUGAUAUCAAGCAGAAGCGCGGUGAUUCAUGUGCUGGCCCCGCUCCAGCCAUAAUUGCGUCCGCUCCGUGCGAGCCCAAGUGAUGCCUGGCGAGGGAGUGUGUCAGUCAAGCCGAGAUGCCAAGUCGGCCGACGCCUUCUGCAGAUUCUCGUUGCGUGUAUUGACAUUAGAUUAGGAUGAGGCGACCCUCGUGUGGAUAAUAACAACGCUCUUGUUUUCAAACAGC